AUGUCGCAACACCAGCAGUGGCCCGGCCCUGCGGCUGGGUCGUCUUACCACCACGGGACGCACCACGGACACCAACAGCAACACCACCAGCAGGGCUACGCCGUUGACCGCGGCUAUGGCCUUCCCUCGUCGAUCAAUGGGCACCACCAUGCCAUGAGUAUUCAAGACGACUAUGAUGCCGAGGAAGACGACGGGCUGAGCGACCUGCCUGGCCCCGGGCUCAGCGGGCUAGGUCUUGCGCCAUACAGCUCAACUUCAUCGGGGGUCGGCGUCGUGGGCGGCGGUAGCAUGAGCAUGAGCAAUUCGGCGAAGAACGAGAAGCAGAUCCGGCGACGAAGUAGCAAAGCAUGCGACCAGUGCCGGAAGAGUAAGUGCAAAUGCGAACGGAGCAACCCUCAGGAUCCCUGCAGGAACUGUGUCAUGCUCGGCACUCCGUGCACUUUCCUCGGACCAUCACGUAAACGCGGCCCGCCUAAGGGCUACAUCGACGCUAUUGAAGCGCGUCUCCAUCAACGGAGGCGCUCAUUGGGAUCCUCCUCAGCAGCAAGGACAGCCGACCCACUCGCGAAAGAGAUCAUCGCGCGCGUGGACAAUUCACCGUACGGACACAAGGGUCGGGCCCGAGGCACCGAGACGGUCAGCACCGGACGCACACGUCAACCCGCCGAACCGCGCGACGAGUCUGGCCUGCAGUGCACCCAUCCUUCGAAUGAAUGGCAGGAUCAAGUGAUCGCGACGCUGAACGCGGCCGCCGCGAGGCGCAACACCCUCGUACCCGGCGACGUGGACGUAGAAGCACGGCCGCUCAGCGCAGACGCGAGCGGGGGCCUCCAGUACCCCGUGUCACCGACCUCAGACACCUCGCAGCCGGCACGGCCAGCCCUGAGCAUCACGCAGCCCUCGAACAGCGGAAAUGUCGCGGGCCCGGCGAGCGCAUCUGGCCUGCUCAGUGCGGGUUCGGAGCACGCGGGCGAGGCGCCGUUUAGGAGACAGCGGAGGCGGCUGGACGACGGUGACGAUGGACGGCAUGCCAGAUCGCCGUCUGCGACGAGCCUGUCGGGCCGGUCCCGCAGCCCCGCGCUGGCUUCGGCGAAGUCGAGUGCGGGCGUGAGCGCGGGUGCGAUGAUGGCGCACCGCGAGCGGCGCUCGCCGGACAUGCGCGACGAUGAGAGUGUGGGUGACGAUGAGACGGGUGGCUCGGAGCCCUCUGGGGAGGACGACGAGCUCGCGAUCGAGGUCGGCCAGCUGAGUCUGAACGAGGACGAGGUGGUGAGGUUCACGGGAAGGGACCGCGAAGACGGGAGGCACGAGGGCGGCAUCUGGAAGUUCCCGAAGGCGAGGGUGUGGCCGCCGUUGCCCCCGACGGCGGCGAACCAUGCGAAGGGGCUGGACAAUUUCGUGCCAGACUUGCCCGACCGGGCGACGCAGGAGCUUCUGCUGGACCUCUACUGGACAUACGUGCACCCGGCAUUGCCGAUCGUGUCCAAGCGUGUUUUCAUGGAGAUUUCCGCAACAGCCUGGCAUAGGCGAGGGCGUGUGCCGACUGUUCUGCUCCUCGCGAUGUUCUCUAUCGCCGCUCGUUACUCCGCCCAAACAGGCAAUGACGUGCUUCCGCCUCAGGAAGGCUCAAUGUGGGCAGCGGGUGAUAGGUACCUAGAGGAGGCCAAAGUUAUCCUGGACAGCAGCUACGCUGCCAGUCGCCCGAGCACGUGCCAAGCCCUGCUCCUGAUGGCCUACCGCGAGGUGGGGAUCGGCGCGAUGGCGCAAGCUUGGUUGUACGUCGGGAUGGCCGUCAGGAUGGCGCAGGACCUGGGUCUUCAUAAGAGCGCGGACAAGUGGACUAGCAUUGGGCGAAACCUCUUCUCGGCGAACGAGUUGCAGGAGAGACGGUGCAUAUGGUACGGUUGCGUCGUCAUGGACAAGUACCUUUCGGCCUACAUCGGUCGGCCGGUUGCCGUCUUCGAGCGCGACUUCGACACCGAGCUUCCCAGCCUCGACGAUCAGGAUGAACAUGAACUCUGGCAGCCACACCCAUCGGCCCCGCUUCAGGAUGAUGUCCCAGAGCCCACCUUCCCAGACGUUACGCCGGUUCCGAGUCACAUCAUCUCGUGCUUCAGCGAGGCGGCUAAGUUGUCCAUCAUCCUAAGCAUGAUCAUGCAGUGUCUGUACGCCAUCAAGCCUCCCUCGUUCAGACACCAGGAGCUCCAGCGUUUCGAGAAGAUGCUCUCGAAGUGGUACCUGGAUUUGCCAAACCACCUCCGGUACGACCCGGCCGCACCGAAGAACCCGGUCCCUCUCCCGCAUAUCCUGACUCUGCACAUGCAAUACUGGUGCACGGUGCUCUUGCUGCACCGUCCCUUCAUCCGCCACCUACCGGAUUCUUGCAACCGGCCGGCUUCUGCGGCGUCGAAAGACUCUGACGUUCGCGCCAGCUCAAGGAAAAACUACGAUACGUGUGUUCAGGCGGCCAACCACAUCACCUCUGUCGUCUCCGUCUACAUCGAGAACUACAGCGCUAAGCGUGCAUCGGUGUACUUCUGCUAUUACGUUUUCACGGCUGCGAUUCAGCACGUGUCAACCUUGACGGUAUAUCCUGAGGAUGCUCAAGCGAGAGUUGGUCUGAACAAAUGCAUGGACGUGCUAAGACGGCUGCGACACCUCUGGCCGGGCGCGUUCCGUGCACUGGAGCUUCUCCAGGGAUCCAAGGUGAACUCUCAGGGUGCCCAGGACCUGGCGGCUUUCCGUACACGCAGCUCGGACCGGCCCAAGCGCUCGGCUGAACACCCGCUGGAUGCCGAAGAAGAGAGCGGCACUCGUCUCCUGACUAGCGAACAGCUGUAUCGCCAACAGCAGAACUUCCACCCAGUCAGCACUCCCAGUCCGGUCCAUCAAGGCUUCGCUAUGAACAACAUGCAGAUCCCCGCCGCGGAUGCGCCAUACCAGGCGUAUGACAGGUGGUCCUCGGACGCGCCGAUGACAAACUAUGCCGGGAGUCUAUCGACGUCAGUACUGCCGCAGCAGUACAGUACCGGCUUGGUUGAUGAAAGGAUGUCGUCUGCCAGCAGACACCCGGAGAGGCACAGCCAGCGAUACCCGCAGUUCUGGAACGACUACACGGCCUUGGCGCAGAUGGACACGCCGUACGGCGUGCCGGUCAUGGGCGACAUGGGUAGUCAGCACCCGGGCUCGAGCCAGGGCGACCAGCAAUCGAUGUACAUGCAAGAUUAUGCGAUGUUUGGUAACAUGCCGCCGGCUAACCAUCCAUAG